AUGACGCGUAGCGAGACAUUGCUGGUCCAAGUCGCUGGGAGCCACGUUCACCAUUACAUCGAAGGCCGAUUCCACAUCCCCCAUUCCCCGGAUACGACCCUCAACUUAGGAUUGACGCCCCUGGUCCUUCGAGAGCCGGUGCGUGCAGACGAAGCCGGGUGCGUGAUCGAGGCCAGGAAUCUCCCUGGGUUCGACGGGUCCUCUCGAUGCGAGAUCGUAUCUCAUAUCAAAGGUCACCUGCUCACCCCGAUCGGGUGUCACGGAGGCGACCGUCUCGGGAUCUUCAUCAACGUCUCUUCGUCCACCUCGGUCGACAUCAUCAGGAGUGCCUUGAAAGAUGGAGAACGCGAGACUGGGUGUGGCCCACUAAAGAGCUUUGAACGCGGCAAGUUCCACGUAUCUUGCUCGAAACGGUUUCGAUAUGGACAUGAGGGGGAAAACACCGGCUCCGAUUGUCUUCAGAAUGGAAAAUAUCUCAUCGGAAGUAUUGUGAAGUACACGUGUAAUGCGCAUUACAUUAUUAUGGGCUCGGCGGCACGGAGAUGCGCCGAGAAUGGAAAUUGGACGGGGAGGGAUCCUUCAUGCGUGGCGGAUUGCGGAACGAGGAAUAUGACGCACCCGAUGCCGCUGUCUGUCGGGGGAACCGCGUCGUAUCUCGGGGAGUGGCCGUGGCAAGCAGCCAUUUACGACACGGAGGCGAAGGGUGUCAUUUGCGGAGGCGCUCUCAUCCGAGAGCGGUGGGUGCUCACUGCGGGGCAUUGCAUCACGUAUCAAAACACGCUGAGAGAGCGGGGUCCGAGCGAUUUCCUCGUCUACCUCGGGAAGCAUCGCAGGAACGGAUCCGAGGACGAUGGCGACGUGCAGAUCAGGCGUGUGUCCCGAAUCAUCCUUCGCCGAGGCUUCAACUUGCAGAACUACGACGCUGACAUCGCUCUGAUGCAGCUGACGGAAGAGGCCGAGCUGACUGCGCGAGUUCAGCUAAUAUGUCUCCCGACGUCUGAAGUAGAUCUCGACGAGAAGAAAGGAAUGGUAGCCAGUUGGGGCUACAAUGAAUCAGAUAUGCUCGCGGAUGAGCUGAUGAAAGUGGAACUCCCUGUGAUACCGAAUGACAAAUGCCGUCAAGAAACCUCAAGACAUACCGGGGAGCCGCUCCCCGACCUCACAUGGAACAUGUUCUGCGCCGACUACGAAAACCAGUCGGUCUGCAACGGGGAUUCCGGCAGCCCGAUGGUCUCGCUCGACCCGACGGAAACGCGCUGGGAGGCGGUGGGGAUCGUGAGCAACUUCUUCGUCGGGGGGCAGAGUUGCUCCGCGAAGCUUCCCGGGCGCUACGGCGUUUUCACCAAGAUCGCUCGGUUCACGGCGUGGAUCAGGACGGAGGUGUGCGGAGGGGACGAUAUCGGCGGAUUGCACGUCCCUUGGUCGGUCUGUCCGAUCUCGACGCCGAUGUCAGAGGUCGCAAAUCGAAGUCCAUCUGGGACCUUCGAGUGCCAACCCCUGCCGACCGAAGCCUCUGAAGCUGAUGAAGAGUGACUAAAAAUAGAAACAAUAAUACGAUGUUCUGUGGAAGAGUGCGACAACGCCUGGGAUGGGAGCGGUCUGGGCCAAGGGGUCUCGCGCUCCAAACGUGCUUCGGCUCGCACUCAUAUGAAUGCUUGACCAUUUCGUAGGUUCCUGGCGUAGCGUCUUGGGGAAGGGAGGGAGGCUUUUCCAUAUCAUAUGUAUUUAACCGUUUCGCAGUGUUUCAGGAUUGCCGUUUCGUUCGAUUCUCUAUUCUAAGGAACCCCCUCCCCCGACAACCCUCCGACCUUCUUACUUAAAUCCACGAAAAUGGAGAUAAUGCAUUCAUGGAACGAAGUCCAAAUGAACAGUUACAUCAUCGAGUUGGCAUGAUAUUCGAAAAGGAAGAUUUGUAGGAAUAAAUAAUCAAACGGAAGCUUUCAAUUAAAGGGCAUAAUGAGGAAGCUAGCAUUUAUUAUGCACACUAGUCGCCCGUUAAUCCGUCGCCUGUUAAUCCAUGCAUAAUCUCCUCUUGAAAUCGAAGAGCUCUCGCUCGGAACAAUUGUUUCACCUUGAUUUGGUUAGCCCGAAGCCGAAGUCUGGCCAUUCGAAUCGUCUAGGCCUAUACUUCGAUCGGUUCAAUGUCCUUGAACCUUCGAUCGACCAGCCUUCGACUUCGCACGUCACAGCGUGUGAAGGCGGGAAAAGACGUGGAUGGAACGGCACGAAAAAAAAAAUCGUAUUUUUCGUAUCUGUAUGCGUUUCUGUCCUAGACUAGCCCAGCUGUUGGGUGCCAAGAGCGGAAAACUUGUAAUAUGUAUUUAUUAGCAUAAUAAAAUAUUUUCUCAAAAUAUAAUA